AUGAAAAGAACCUUUAAGACCUCAAGACUGAAAUCUGGUCUCUUCCAUUUGGUCUUGGAAGGCGUAUUUAAUGAAGUUCUUCACCACAAAUCCGAUUGCUUCAAACAAGGGGUUGGAUUCAAUAAGCAAAGACUUUGCACUUGCUUAGACACAAUAUCUAUAGAAUCCCAUCCCAUUAGAGAGGGUGAUGUUUUAGUCUCCAGCGAAGAAAAUUUUGCACUUGGAUUCUUCAACAGAUCAAAUAAUUACCGCUACGUUGGAAUUUGGCAUCGCAACAUUCCAGGGCAAACGGUUGUCUGGUCCACAAAUGCUCCUUCUUCAGCAUGUUCACCAGUAAGUGAUUGUGUAGCUCAGCUACUCGACUCGGGUAACCUUGUUUUGCUCCAUAACAUCAGUAAACAGGUUAUAUGGCAGCUUUUUGACCACCCAACAAACACAAUGCUUCCAAGCAUGAAAUUUGGGAUAGAUCGAAGAACUGGAGCAAAUAGGUUCCUUACAUCUUGGAAGUCAGAAGAUGAUCCACGGACGGGAAAUUACUCUUUUAGGAUGGACCCAAGUGUCUGCUUUUGUACAAAGCUCAGAUUCCAUGGUGGAGGCAAUGGGAUCAGUGAUGUAUGGGGUGUCUUCAAUUCAUCAAUCUUGUCCCGAAUUGUUGUAAAUGAGUCUGGAAUGGUUCAACUCUUUAUAUGGUACGAGGGAGAUGAACGAAGAUGGAAUGAGAUGUGGUCAGCACCAACGGAUCGCUGUGACCCAUAUGGAGAUUGCAGUUCAUUUGGUCUUUGUGAUACUAGCAGUCCUGUACAGUUUGAGUGCAGUUUUUUGCCGGGAUACGAACCCAGGUCACCUACUGAAUGGUACAUGAGAGAUGCGAACCAUGGCUGUGUAAGGAAACCAGGGUCAUUGAUUUGUAGGGAAGGUGAAGGGUUUGUGAAAGUGGCAAAUGUGAAAGUUCCCGAUACAUCUAGAGUUGAUGUGAUUAACAGUGGUUUGAUCUUGAAAGCAUGUGAGAAGGAGUGCUGGAGGAACUGCAAUUGCACAGCCUAUGCCAGUGCAGAUGUUAGUGAAGGAGGGAGUGGAUGCAUACUAUGGCAUGGGAAUUUGACUGAUACCAGAAAGUUCAUAGCCGAUGGUGGUCAAGACUUAUACAUUCGCGUUGAUGAGCAUGAAUUAGGUACUUUCUUCUGA